CUCCAUCUAAGGAGGCUUCUGCAGAUACUUGGAUUAACAUGGUGAAUGAAUACCAAAACGGUUGUUUAUCGACACGACUUGGAAUUCCAAUGAUUUAUGGGACUGAUGCUGUUCAUGGCAACAGCCUCGUCUACAAGGCAACAAUUUUUCCCCACAAUGUUGGACUUGGCGCUACCAGAGACCCUGAACUUGUUAAGAGGAUUGGGGCUGCAACUGCACUUGAAAAUAGAGCUACAGGCUUCACACAUGUUUUUGCACCUUCUGUAGCGGUUUGCAGAGAUCCUAGAUGGGGUCGUUGCUAUGAAAGCUACAGUGAAGAUCCCAAGAUUGUUCAAGCAAUGACGGAGAUUGUAUCGGGGUUACAAGGGGACAUACCCACUAAAUCUCGCAAGGGUGUUCCAUUUGUUGCUGGAAAACACAAGGUUGCAGCUUGUGCUAAGCACUAUGUGGGUGAUGGUGGUACAAAAAAUGGCGUGAAUGGAGACAACACAGAGAUAGACAGACAUGGAUUGCUCACCAUACACAUGCCGGGCUAUUACAAUUCCAUCAUCAAGGGUGUUGCGACAAUUAUGGUCUCAUACUCCAGCUUGAAUGGGAUUAAGAUGCAUGCUAACAAUGAUCUUAUCACUGGCUUCCUAAAGAACACUCUCCGUUUCAGGGGUUUCGUCCUCUCGGAUUGGCAGGCUAUCGACAGAAUCCCCUCUGUAUUUCAUACUAACUACUCACAUUCUAUCCAAAUAGGAAUUCAGGCUGGCAUUGACAUGGUCAUGGUUCCACUCAACUUUACAGAAUUCAUUGACGGUCUAACCUUCCAGGUUAAGAAUAAAGGAAUUCCUAUGAGCCGAAUUGAUGAUGCAGUGAAGAGAAUUUUGCGUGUCAAGUUUGUGAUGGGUCUAUUUGAGAACCCACUGGCCGAUUUCAGCCUGGUCAACCAGCUUGGAAGUCAGGAGCAUAGAGAAUUGGCUAGGGAAGCUGUUAGGAGAUCACUGGUGUUGUUGAAGAAUGGUGAGUCUGCAGACAGGCCAUUGCUACCCCUUCCCAAGAAAGCAUCAAAAAUACUUGUUGCUGGUAGCCAUGCUGACAAUUUAGGUUACCAAUGUGGUGGGUGGACAAUAGAGUGGCAAGGACUAAGUGGCAACAACCUUACUAGCGGUACCACAAUCCUCAAAGCUAUUGAAAAUACCAUUGAUCCAAAUACCAAAGUAGUCUACAAGGAGAACCCGGAUGUUGAAUAUGUCAAGUCAAACAAAUUCUCCUAUGCCAUUGUUGUAGUAGGAGAACACCCAUAUGCGGAGAGUUUAGGCGACAACUUGAACUUGACAAUCCCUGACCCUGGCCCAAGCACCAUCACGAACGUCUGCGGGGCUGUGAAGUGUGUUGUUAUCAUUAUCUCCGGCCGCCCUGUUGUGAUCCAGCCAUAUAUUUCCUCAAUCGACGCACUGGUUGCUGCAUGGCUUCCAGGAUCUGAAGGCCAAGGAGUUGCCGAUGUUUUAUUUGGUGACUAUGGUUUCACAGGCAAGCUUCCGCGGACAUGGUUCAAGACUGUUCAUCAGCUUCCAAUGAAUGUGGGGGAUCCACAUUAUGACCCUCUCUUCCCAUUUGGAUUUGGUCUCACUACAAAACCUGCUAAAACGAAUUAGGAUACGAUUCCGAGGACUUUCCUGUAAUUCCAGGACAGAAAUAUUGCAAGUGUUAUAGUGGCAAGAAAUAAGUUUCAUUCAAUGGAACUUUGAUUAUCGAGUAAUCUUACAAACAGAAACUACUUAUCAAGGGAAGCCCAAUAUAAAAUGAGGCUUAAAGACACAAAUUUAAAACGAGAUCUUUUUAUUUUAAUAUAAUAAUAAUAAUAAUAAUAAUAAUAAUAAUAAAUUAUUAUAUACAUAAAUAAUAUUCGAGGUUUCUUCAAAAGUUAUAUCGAGAGUGG